AUGGCGACCGCGGGGCCCCUCAGGCGGGCCGGGGGUGCCGCGGCGCUGGAGGAGAGAGUUCGGCUUGGCUUUGUUGUUAUUCUGUCAUUUCUCACGCGUUUCUUCCCGCAGCCCCUCAGCGCCAGGCUGAAAGCAGCCAGCCCCGGGCCCGGCAGGAGGCAGAGCACCAUCCCCGCCUUCUUCAGCCCCCUCACAGAUGGAAGAGACAAAGAAAACUCCCGGCCGACCCCCUGCACCCCAAAUGAAGGCUGUGAGCGCUCGGGGGCUCCCCUGGCUGCCUGUCCUGUGAAGAUCCUGGCCUUGCCACAGCUGGAGGGAGCCCUGGAAGAGCUCCCUGGAGCCGAGCAGGGGGUGCAGGGCACAUCCCAGGCAUGGAAAACACCCCUGGAUACCCUGGAGCUUCAGGUGGAGUCUCAGAGCCAGAGCAAAGCCUCCGGUGGGGCUGGGGGGGAUUCCUGGUGCUGCAGCCUCUCCCAGGGCUCGGAACACAGCGGGAUCGGCGCUCACAGGAACAAAUCCCGGUUAUUUCCUGGAGAAACGGCCUCAGGGAGCAGGAAACCACAGUCCUGGAGCAGAAUUACUUCUGGGCCGGGUUUUUCUGGGACUGAGAACACGAAUCCUGUCCCUGGGGCUGCUCCCAGUGGGGUUUGCUGCUCUCCUCAGCCCCUCAGGGAGCGGGGCCAGACCCCAGAGGGCUCCUGUGGGCAGCUCUUCUGCCAGGACUCCCAAGGGAACAGUGUCAUUGCUCACAGGGCCAGGGGCAGCUCACUGGGGGCCAGCCCCAGCCCCAGCCAGCCCUGGGGGCUGCAGUCCCUGUUCACACAGGACUCGCAGGGGAACAGGGUCAUCAAGCACUGCUGAGAGCCCCCAGCACCUCUGUGUUCUCCGAGAUCUUGCUUUAAUCCAAAUAAAAGGUUGGAGUUUGGUUCUAAGGGCUUG